UUGGUGUUUCAGCUUUUCGUCUUUUUCAUCGUUAUUGUCGUCGUCGUCGUCAUCGUCAGCACCGUCCUCUAAAUGGCGUGUUGUCGGUGGAAAGCUAGAUCGGCUGUUUGAGUUGAUGGUAGGGCCGACUGCGGCGCCAGCAGCGGUGGAUAGACGCAUGAACGUUAUUGCUGCACACAACAACUGCUAUUUGCUGCUGGCAAAUAAGAGGCAAUCGAAUGGCAGCAGCACUCACAAUCUAGCUGUCGAUGCGCUGAGCGCCUGCAGACGAAUCAGUACAGAAGAGGAGGAGACUGUGCGUAGUUGUGUUUGUUCGGAGCAUUCAAUUUGCUUUUGAUAUGGCGAUGAUUGAAUAGAACACCGAGUUAUCGAUUCAUAGCGACGUAGCAAGUUUGCGUGUUUCCACUUGAAGUGUUAUUGCGUUGACAGCUAAGGGCCUUCCUUGUUCCUUGGCCUCCUUGGAUAUGUCAUCCUCCUAGUGAACAACAAAGUAACAAUAACAACACUAGCAGCGACACAUGCUCCUGUUGCAGCAAUUUCUGUUAUUCGACCGUCGCAACGAAACUUGUCCUACAAUUGUUUGAAGCUAGAAACUGUGACCUAAGGAAACCUUGUUUUAAUGUUGGUAUGACAGUGAGAGUAAUGUCGAACUAACUUCGAGGGCAUCUCUGGACGCAUUUAAGAAUCCAGUGUGGCUCUGAAUCGCUGUUCGUAGGUAGCCUGUGCCGUUGUCCUGGCACAGUGCUUUUCCCUUCCGUCCUUGUCUUCCAGCUUGGAUCCUUCACUGUUCGUUAGAGAUGUUUGCCAACGGUGUCAAAAUUGACGGCUCGUGGGAGCUGCGCAUCUUUGUCACCGAUCUCAAGGUGGAACGCAAGUUGCGGGUCAUGGGGGACCUGCACAUUGGGGGUGUGAUGCUCAAACUCGUCGAUACCCUGAAUGUGCCGAACGAUUGGUCUGAUCACGCACUGUGGUGGCCUGAGGCUAAUAAAUGGCUCUCCCGAUCAAGGUCAACACUCGAUCAGUAUGGGGUUCAGGCUGAUGCGUCGCUUCACUUUACGCCCAUGCAUAAAGUUCUAAAAGUUCAGUUUCCGGAUUUGCGGAUCCUCGAUUGCCGAGUUGACUACUGCGUUACAGCAUUUUCAGCCGUCGUCAAACUAUGCAAGGAGCUGGGAAUUCGACAUCCGGAAGAGCUUGGCUUCAGUCGUCCGCUAAGCCAAGAUCAUCUGAAAAAGAACUAUCGCCAUGUGGGGGUUCCACCUCGGCAGCGAACAAUAGCCGGACAGGGUGUGCUUAACCUCGAAAAACACGGAGUACCUGGGACAGUGUUUCAACAAAACGGACAUGAUAAAACACUGCUUAAUUCUUCCCUUAACUCUACAACAUGCUCGUUCAACAGUUCGGCCUAUCUUGAAAGCAAUUACUUAGCACAGUAUCAGCACCCACUAUCCUUGCCAUUCAAGCCGCCAAACAGUAUAAAAGCGGUCCAGCCUCGACCCAAAAAUCUUGUCGAGCGCGCCCGACUGAACUCUGGCUGGCUCGAUUCGUCUCUGUCACUAAUGCAGCAAGACGUUGCUGAGUACGAUAUGCUCUGUUUACGAUUUAAGUAUCUCUCAUUCUAUGAUUUAAAUCCGAAGAGAGACGCUAUUCGGAUCAAUCAGAUCUACGAACAGGCGCGAAGGUCGCUGCUGCAGGAAGAAAUCGAUUGCACCGAAGCCGAAAUGUCGCUCUUUGGAGCUCUGCAGCUACAAGUUAACCUGCAGACUGCUUCCGGGAAUUGCCCACUUUCUGGAAACCAGGCUAAGGAAGAUGAUAUUGAUGCUGCGUUAGAUGACCUUCAGGUUUCUUUGGAAGGGUCUGCCAUUAAUAAGGACCAUACAGAUGCAAUGCAGAUUACCCAAGUGCCUCAGCUAUCCUCAUACCUCAGAUUCCUGAAACCUCGCGAGAAAGACUGCUGUUAUCGGUGCUGCUGCUGCUGUUGUUGUUGCUGCUGCUAUCCACCACGCAAGUUCACCCUGAAAGCGUUCCAACAGAGGUUCUUCGUAUUUCGGGAUACAACACUAUCAAUGUACAAAAGCCGUGAGGCAGCCAACUCUAAUGGACCCGCACAACUUGUGUUAAGUUUGAGGGGUGCAGAAGUUGCGCCCGACGUUGAUGUCGCACAAGCCAAAUACGGUGUCCGUUUAGAGGUGCCCAGCGCUGAGGGCAUGACGGAGUACUGGCUCAGGUGCGAAGGUGAGGAGCAGUAUUCGAAUUGGAUGGCUGCUUUUCGGCUGGCCACUAAAGGCAAAACGAUGGCAGACGCCAGUUACGAACCGGAGGUAAAGGCACUGCAACAGUUUCUCAAGAUGCAGAAACCUGUAACCAGUCCAUCGAUCGCUCUCCAGGCCAGCAGCGACAUCGUCGUUGAGGAUUUCAGUGCCCCGCGUUUUAUUCGAAAACGUGGCGCUGGAUGCGUUCAGAAGGGCAUUCUGUUAGCGCACUCCAACGUAAAGGACUUGUCUCUUGCCGAGGCCAAACUCCAGUAUAUCCGUGCUUGGCAAGCGUUGCCUGACUUCGGCAUAACUCUGUUCCUUGUCCGGUUCUCACAAAAUCCCAAGAAGGACGAAAUUCUUGGUGUGGCUAUUAACCGGCUUAUGCGCGUGGAUUUAUCCGCUGGCGACCAUUUGAAGACGUGGAGAUACACUACGAUGAAGGCCUGGGACGUUAAUUGGGAGGUCAAGCAGCUGCGCUUGCAGUUUGAAGAGGAGGACUUCCAGGUGUCGCCGCUUUCUGCCGACUGCAAGACUAUCCACGAGUUCAUCGGCGGUUAUAUUUUCCUUUCGAUGCGCUCAAAAGAGCAAAACCAAGCUCUCAACGAGGAACAAUACCACAAACUUACCGGUGGAUGGAACUAAUAACGUUAAGCUGAUUCAAUCACCUUUACCUAGCUAUUUCUCUGUUAAUAAAGCAAUCUACGGAUGGACGUAUUAAGUGAAUUAAACCAUGAAGUAACAAGCCAUCGAACCCACUUCUACUAGUGCAAAAGUUUCAAGCAACUGGAGCCCAUCAUUGUCAUGAUACUUCAGUCAAGCUUCGAGUAUUUCAUUGCAAGCUAGGCAGCCUUUCGACGAAAGGCCCACAGGCUAGAAUGAAAAUAAAGUUGCUUUAUUUGCAAUUUUACGUCUCAAUAAUCAAGCCCAAUCGACAAUAUAAAUGCAGAUAAGCCAAGCAAGCUAUUGAACACAAUUUUCCAAAGCACGCUCGAGUGUGCUUCCCAAAAUCGAGUCCCUCUGUAGCGUAUCGUCUUGUGACCUGUUUAUCCGUCAUCUGAUCUUCAUACGAUUUCCAGCCAUUGAUCGUGUCACAAACGUGCGGAUCAAGUCUAAGCUGAUAAUUACUGUUGGCAACAAUAGCUAUAUUAGAUAGUAAUAGCGAGUGUUGGCAAGAUAUAAAAUAGAUAAAUCCCGUUUUUUAAGCUGCACUAAACGACUAUAAGCCUGCAUUGACGAACUUUGGAGAGAACCUAAAAAUCAUAAAAGUUUUACGUAUUAACCACUUACCAUGGUUCGCGAGAAUCACCAGCAGAGCAAGAAGUGCCGUAAUCUGCUAACUUGACGUAAUAACAAGAAGCGCGACGGACAUUACGUGCGAGAUGGAUAGCCAAAAUAUUGUGAAAAGAAUUGUUAGAGACGUACGUUUACGAAAAUUGCAUUAAUCAUUACACUAACCCAUAAUAACCAAUGCACCGCAACGACUGCCAGGAUUCACGGACAAUGAACAGGAGACACCUAGAUACAGAAGUUUUCUUGUGAACCUUCUAUUUUCUGUGGGAUGGUACAUGAGUAUAUAAAAAGUAUAUAAGAGCAAGGCACCAUGCUCGAAGAGGGCAAGCAGAAGGCCUAUUGGAAAAAAGGGGAACGUCUGCUGUAACGAGAAGUUUGAAAUCAUAUUUAUAUAGCAGAAAGAAGAUAAAAAAUUUGGUCGUAAGCAUUGGAGAUUGCUAAUCCGAGAGACUCCGAUCAACGGAACUGAGCGCAUCAGAUAUAUUGGCGAGCAUAGCCGCUAGGUAGCUAAACAGAAUACAUGAUCUGUCCAUCAUCCUCACCCUUACCAUCAACCUCGACACUUCUAUAAACCUUAUAUCGAAAGUUGUACCUUAUCAACUGAUCGACCAGAAAAAUGACAAAUAACUGCGAGAAAGAUUUAAACUGAAAAUCUUUAUAUGUUUUUUCUUAAUAUAUAUAUAUAUAUAUACUUGGCUCCUUCUCGUUGUUGUCUCGUUGAAUGAGUGAUCCACGAUAGAACAAAUGUGAAGGAGAUAAUGUGGUUGAUAAACGAACCUAUUCUAAAACAAAUAAUGUAACACAAAUAUAUAGAAAAAAACGGACCUAAGGAAACGGGUGUUCGCUCUCAAUACGUCUACAGCGUUGUUUUCUUCUGUCAUUGUCGUCUGUCGUCGACACGGAUGUACGUUGACUUGCGUCUGUAAUGUUCUAGACAGCCUCGUUGUGUUCGUUAACGUCAAACAGUGCACCGUUUGUGUAAUCUAAAGACGAAACUACGGGGCAAAAUUAUAGCGUUAGAAAAAUGCGCUAAAGUAAAGACGAUAAUAAAGAAAGGAGAGGAAAGGAAAGGAAAGGAAAGAAGAUCAAAAGUGUACCGAAUGCUUCCGGGAAAACAUCUCUCGAAAAGCAAAUGGUGUCGUCAUGUGUCAAUUGUUUGUACCUCUUUGAUUCUAACAUUACAGAUAUACAAUAUGUGUAAUUGACACAGAAAAAGAAAAGUAGUUAAGCACAACGAUGGUACGGCUCGUUUUCUAAACAGGGUGUAGUUUCACUCGCACAGAGCGCACAGACUGAUACUAAUUUGUAGAGAAGUUCAACGGUGGUCGUACAAAGAAGGACGCGACAUAAACUCUACGUUUACUGAAUUCACAGCAGAUUGAACUUCGGAAGAAGUACACAUGCAUAGGUAUCAAUAUUGUCAAGUAACAGUCGCGGGCAAUCUUUUUCGAGAAGUGUCGCCUUUUGCUCAACCGCUACUAACGAACGUAGUAAGUCACUAUGGUCCAAUAGGGCAAACGAUCAGACAGUCUCUGUAGUAUAUACUUGGAUGCGGUGGCAUCGAAUUAACCUACCACGGCUUCUCGCGUCACCUUAACUACAGGUGAACGAACGCAUCGAGAGACAUUACUAGUGCAAGAAAGAUAAGAAACAAUUGUGGAUUGUUUUGUUAUUAUAGACGUAAUGCUUCUGAAAUGCCACUAACCUGUUUAAGCCCACUUUCUAGUUCGUUAGUCCCAUUCAUAAAUGGGGAAUGACGGUGUACCGAAGCAAAUCUAUUAUGAUUAUUCUAAAGGUGUUGACGUUACGGAGAAAAAUGGGUGGACCAGACGCGCACAUGUCCGUCCUAUGGGCGGGAACAAAACAAGGCACAUACAGUCGGUCUAUAUGUUGGUCCAGUGUACAACAAGUAAAUAUGAUUGGUCUUCUGCAAAUCAUUUUCGCACGAGUUUCCAUCGGCAGAAGGACAAUGCGAUUUUGGAGAACGAGUCCGCUCGUUUGCACCGAACAGAGCGAAGUAGCAAGAGAAAGGUCGACAUUGCAACGAAGUGACAUUGAGCGGAACGCUAGGAGAGCGUUUUUGCUGUGAGUUAUUUUCUCUAUUCCGUUUACUCUACCGAAUUUCAAAUAGAUACUGCUGUUUACUUCUUAAGUUGUUUCCCUAAGUAAAGUAAAUCAAAUUGCCGUUUUUUAUAAAUGUGUCAACGCCACAAAGGAAUUUACCAAAAAAAACCUCCACAGCAUUUAAUUUUACCGCCGCUGUUUGCAGUGGACUUAACGAUAUUGGAGCAACAACAGGGCAAGCUUUCAGGGAGAUUGUUCUAGAGCAGAACAGAAUGUUGGCUGUACGGCCGUUUUAGUCGGCGAAACGUAUUCGCGAGACGAAAAAGACGUUAAUGUCCAUUAGAAAUAUCUACCUGCUAUCGUCGGUAAUAGUGAAUGGCUAAUUUAUUGCGAAGGAAAAUUACAAGAAAUUAUGUAACUGCAAAAAUUACCAGAAAAAAAAA